CUUCUCAUUUCUUUCUUGCACUCAACAAAAAAACAUGACAAAUUGUCUAAACGUCGUCGUCGUCUUCGUUGCGGUUCUUGGGCUGAAUUUGCUGAAUAUUUCAAUAGCUUCUGUUGUCUCAACAGGGGAUUUCAAUAAGGAUUUCUUUGUGACAUGGUCUCCUAACCAUGUAAAUACUUCUGCAAACGGCACGACAAGAAGCUUGAAGCUAGAUCAAGAAUCUGGAUCUGGUUUUGCUUCAGACCAGAUGUUCUUAUUCGGACAAAUAGACAUGCAGAUUAAACUAGUUCCAGGUCAUUCAGCAGGCACAGUUUUGGGGUUUUAUAUGACAUCGGAUUCGCCUAAUCGAGAUGAAAUCGACUUUGAAUUCCUUGGCAAUGUUACAGGACAACCUUAUAUCCUUCAAACAAAUGUUUAUGCUGACGGAUUCGAUAACCGAGAAGAGAGGAUCUAUUUCUGGUUUGAUCCAACAAAGGACUUCCAUACCUAUUCCAUCCUGUGGAACCUUCAUCAAAUUGUAUUUAUGGUGGAUUGGGUACCAAUUAGGGUAUACAGAAACCAUGCUGACAAGGGAGUGGCAUAUCCAAGGUGGCAGCCAAUGAGUCUAAAGGCGAGCCUAUGGAACGGCGACAGCUGGGCGACUCGAGGGGGCCGCGACAAGAUUGACUGGUCAAAGGGGCCAUUCAUAGCCUCAUUCCAGAAUCACAAGAUUGAUGCUUGUGUUUGGAAAGGAAACCCAAGGUUUUGUAGGGCAGGGAGCCCUACAAAUUGGUGGAACCAAGAGAGAAUGAGAUCUCUAACAGAUAAACAGAGGAGGUGGUUCAGAUGGGUCAGGAGAUACCACAUGGUUUAUGAUUAUUGUACAGAUAAUCAGAGAUUCAAUAAUAGCCUUCCAAAGGAGUGUUUCCUUCCUAAGUAUUGAUCAAAUAGGAGGACUUUUAUAUAUGUUGUAAUUUUUUAGCUAUUUGGAGAAUUUUAAUUCAGUAAUGUUUCAUUACUUAGUAAUAAUUAUGUAAUGCUUUUUUAAUAUUUGAAACGGGGAAGGAGAUUUGAACCUUG